GCGUAUGGCCAAUUGUUUUUGAAAAAAAUUCGUUUCUAAAUAAAGUUUACAACACUUACUCUUGGUUUGUGUUUAGUUUAGCUUCGCUGUUCGUAUUAACUAACUACAUGAAAAUAUUGGUUACAUGCUUUACACAUUUUGACAUUGUCGUCGUUACGAAACUCUGUACUAUAGGUACAGCUUUUACAAUUGGUUUUUUAAGAGUAUACUCUGUUAAAACUGAUAAAGCAAAAGAAUUGAUAAAAGAAAUUAUUGCGAAGGAAGAUAUUAUUUAUAGGUCCAAAGAUGAUGGAAUUAUCGGUAUUUAUAAUACAUGUGUGAAGAAAAAUGUAUCACUAAAUUAUUUCUAUAUGAUGUUACAUUAUAUUGAUACCGUCUCCUAUUUAUACAUUAUAUUUCCGUUUUUUAUCCCCAAAGAUAUAUUGUUUGAUCCCGUCAAAAACGAAACAGUUUCACAAAUUCCUCUACCAGUAGAUUCAUGGAGUCCAUUUGAUACGCAUAAACACCACUCGUUAAUAUUUAUAUGGGAAGAAAUAGCCACUACAAUUUGCUCUUUGUGUAACUAUGGAAGCGAUAUAUUUUUUUACAGCUACAUUAAUUACGUAAUUGGACAGAUUAACAUUUUGCAGUACAUCUUGAGUAAAUUUGAGGACUAUAAAGAUAAAAUUAAAAAUCAAGUAAAAUGUGACGAUGAUCGUGCUGAUUUGGCAACAAUCAGAUUAUGUGUUUUAGAACAUCAAAGAAUUCUUAGGUAUAUCAACAAAUUUAAUGACACUAUGAGAACUGUAAUGCUUUUGGAUUUUCUUCAAAGUUCUUUACAGCUGGCCAUGCUUGCUCUUUUUGUAAUGAAUAUUCCAGAACUGGCCACAAAAUUAGCCGCAUCCUUGUUUGGGGUUAUAAGCUUGGGCAGACUUGCAAUCUACUAUUGGUAUGCCAAUGAAAUCAUGAUAAAAAGCUUUUCUAUCACUGAUGUUUUAUAUAAUAUAAAAUGGUACGACAAAUCGCCAAAGUUUAAGCACCUUUUAAAUAUGUUUAUUGUAAGAACUAACGUCAGAACAGGUUUGCAGAUCGGAACAUUAACAACUAUGUCAUGGCAGUUAUUUUUUGGUAUAUUAAAAACCGCAUAUUCAUUUCUUACAUUUGUCCUGCAAACUCGAGGUAUAUAACUUAUUAGUAUUGUUUACUUCCUAUCCUAAGAACAUUUUUAGAGUUUAUAGAUGUGC